AUGGACGGUCUGAGGAUCCGAAUUCUGAAGAGUCUUCUCCAUAAACCUAUCACUUAUUUCGACAGCGAAGAUACGCCUCCGGCCUUUUGUGUGGCCUCAAUGCUACAAAAUGCACCCGAUGCCAUGGCGGCACUGGAUUAUCGAAUCGUGAUCAAUCUGAGCAACUUAUUAGCGUGUGCCAUCGGUGUCAUUAUAGCGAUCACAUUUUCGUGGUGGAUGGGUCUUCUUGGAGCAGCAUUAUCAUGCUCUCUGCUCCUGUUAACCUUGCUCAAUAUCCGAGUCGUCUAUAGAUGUCACGAAAAGAAAGAAAAAGAGGAUCACAGUUCCGAGAGCGCCAUUGAGAUCAUUGAGCAAGCACGAUCUAUCAAGCUGGCUGUGGUUGAAAAAUACUUCUUGCGAAAGUACGCACAACAGUGUCGAGCGUCAACUCGAUACAAUUUCUGGAUAGGGCUCACCGAAGCGGUGAACUUUGCCACAACACAGUCUUUUGUGUUCUUCAGCGAUUAUGGCCUGUUACCUGCUGGGAACGUGCUGCGAUAUGUGCUCUCUACGAAACCUGCUAGCUGCGCACCUCAUAUCGAAAGUCAGCAGACUUGUCAUCCGGUGCCAAGUGCUCAUCUUCAACAGAGGGAGCUCGCCCAGGAUGCUGGAGGCGGAAACGUCUUGGUUGCCACGUUGGUACCACCAACUGGAAUGGUAUAG